AUGUUUCAACCCAGGAUACUUGCGCGACAAUGUCCAAGGGCAACAUGCAAUUAUCUACCCAUACUUCGAGCCUUCCCUCGCACAUACGCAACGGUCGUCGAACCGGUGCAAGCCGAAGUACCUGCAGCACAAGCUGUAACAGCAGGCUUUGCACCUCCUGUAUCUUCUUCAGAUAGCAGCAGUGCUACUUUUGCUAUGCGAACAUACAAACCAAGAACGCCUGGUGUCAGACAUUUGAAGAGACCUAUCAACGAUCAUCUAUGGAAAGGAAGACCGUUUUUACCCUUGACUUUCGCAAAGAAGGGUCAUGGAAAGGGUGGAAGAAACAAUAGUGGUCGAGUCACAGUUAGACACCGAGGUGGUGGUCACAAGAGGAGAAUUCGUACUGUCGAUUUUCAUCGAAUGACACCGGGUGUACACACAGUGGAACGUAUUGAACAUGAUCCAGGAAGGAGUGCACAUAUUGCAUUACUGAAUGAGGAAGCUACUGGUAGGAAGAGUUAUAUCGUUGCCGCAGAGGGCAUGCGAGCUGGAGAUAAAGUACAGAGUUAUCGAGCCGGUAUCCCCAGAGAUUUAUUGGAGAGUAUGGGAGGAUUCAUAGACCCGGGUGUGUUGGCUGCAAAGACUGCUUGGAGAGGAAACUGUUUACCUUUACACAUGAUUCCUAUUGGUACAACUGUCUACAAUGUUGGUUCCGCAAAAGGAAGAGGUGCUGUCUUCUGUAGAAGUGCAGGAACACAUGCGGUUGUGGUGUCUAAAGAUGAUGAGACAUCUAACAACGACAAGGGACCAAGAUUUGUCACUGUGCGAUUGCAGAGUGGCGAGGUGAGAAAGGUCAGUAUGCAUGCAUGUGCAACUGUAGGCAUUGCUAGUAAUCCUCAUCAUCAACAUCGACAACUUGGUAAAGCAGGUCGUUCAAGAUGGUUGAACAUUAGACCAACAGUCAGAGGUCUUGCUAUGAACGCCGCCGACCAUCCACACGGAGGAGGAAGAGGUAAAUCGAAGGGUAAUGUCGACCCAGUCAGUCCAUGGGGCAUGCCGGCCAAAGGAGGAUACAAAACUAGAAAGGUUCGCAAGCCCAAUAAGUGGGUAGUCACUCCACGUGAACGAAAUCACGGAAAGAGAAGAACAAAGUAG